AUGGAUCAGCAACCUAACUCUCGCCACCUAUGUGGUCGGUGCCGCAUCGGACUCCGUUUCCCAGGCAUCGAGAAUCCCGAAUUGCGUCCAGAAACCGUCCUGGAACAAAAUCCUCCUGACGAGGCCGACCCUAAUGUACCAACCCGAUACUACCACUGGCGUGGGCUGCAUAGGCUCAGGUGCAACUUCGUCCUCCGCGACAAGUUGCCGCACACGGCCACUUUGACACUGGGCGUGGACGAGGGUUGUCAUAUUUCGACAAACCCGCCAAGUGAUGACGCAGUGACUGUUAAUCUGGAAUAUCUCUGGGAUUCCCAUCCCGUGAGGAACCAGACCGGUGACCUCGCCACAAGAUGGGUCCUCGAAAUCACGUUCAAGUUCUCUUCACCAGAAAGCUUCGGGUAUUCCACUAAUUAUUAUUGGCCUAUGGUCCGAAAGUCUGAAAGUCUACAUGGACAAAGGUUGGGAAUGCCAGCCCCGAACCCACGUCACAGUUUAGGGCAAAAAAACCUAGAGUUUCUACAAUCAAAUAUUCAUCGAUGCCUCAAUAGCUGCGUGCAUCUGCGUCCUGGUUCAAGAGACUUCGUCCCGAACCGCCUCAUCGACGUCAGCGACGCUUGUUUGAGGAUUAUUGAGGCUGUGGGCAACUCGAACCGGAGGCAGGUCAGUGAUGCUCGCUAUGCGACAUUGAGCUACUGUUGGGGUACCCGAGAUGAGGGUUUGUCGCAGUUGCGGCUUACCAAGGAUUCCUGGCUGCGACUGACAUCCGGCUUCAUGCUGGGAGAAAUGUCUCCCGUACAGAAGGACGCUGUGAUGCUUGUAAGGGCAUUGGGUAUUCCCUAUCUAUGGAUUGAUGCCAUUUGCAUCAGGCAGGACGAUAAGUCCGACUGGGAGCGCGAGUCAUCGCUGAUGCAUAAGAUAUACGGGAAUUCGUACCUGACCAUCUGCAACUUGAGAACAGAAUCUUGUCAACAAGGGUUUAUGUCUAUGGAGAAGAAUCUCGAACUCGAUAUUCCAUUUGACACCGAGUCCCGGAACAACGCAGAAGAGUGUUAUGGAAUUGGACCGGGGUUUAUGUCUCAUUUCCUACGUCGAAGCGACGUGGAGACUUGGGGAAGCUUCGAAUUCAGUCACAACCAGUGGAACGCGCGAGCAUGGACUUUCCAAGAGGCAAUCAUGUCGACAAGAUUGAUCUUAUUUGCGCCCUCUGGCCUAUACUUCAGUUGCAGUCAAGGGCUCGUUUGGGAAUACGGCCGCCUCCUCGAACAGCCUGCUCUAUUUUCGGCUAGCAGCAUCCUCCAAGGAUGCUCCAAAGCAGAGCUCUAUAGGAAGUGGAAUCGAGAGGUCGCUAUGCAAUAUUCGGGACGACAGACCACCUACGUGAGCGAUACUCUACCGGCACUCUCCGGGAUCGCGCAGAUAUUUGCGACAUUGUUGAACGACGAAUAUGUGGCCGGCUUGUGGAAUGGCGAUUUGCUCAGUGGCCUCUUCUGGAGCUUACAAGGCGCGUUGAGCAGUUCCUUGGCUGGCCUCAUCACCAAACUCAAUGGUCCAUAUAUCGGGCCGUCUUGGAGCUGGGUGGGCAGAUCCAUGUAUCUUGGCUCGGCACGCCAAAUUAGAAACUUUGGGCCCGGCGCUUCCUACAUUUACGAUACAGAAGGCCCGUCGUUGGUGCGUGUUUUAUGCGAUGAGCUGCAAGCCCAGACUACACCGACCGGCGUGGAUAAAUUUGGCACGAUAUCGAGUGCCACGUUGUCGAUAACAGGAGCUGCAUAUCCACUUGCUCUUGGAUGCUGCCACAUGCCAAUUCCGGACGAUCAGGACAAGGAACUAUUCGAAGUGGGGGACUUCUGCAUUGAGCGACCUGGGGGCCGAAUACUCGCUUUCGGCUAUUCGCUAGAUUUUGCUCCUACAAAGGAUGAACUAGAUCCUGACCAGAGCUGGAAGUAUAAAUUAAUCUUGGUUCUUAUAGGAAGCAUAAACCAUGGGUAUUCAGGCCCAGGAUCGGAUGAUGAAAUGCCUUGUGGGUUGAUUGUCCACGAGGCCAAGGCCGAGAAUACAUAUUGGAGGGUGGGGACAUUCGGGCCAAGUGUUGAGGAUUGCUCGGAACCAGUCUGUCAUCUUGACCUGAAAUUCUUUCAAGAGUCUAAGGCCUCUUGGUGUAUUGAUAGUCAUGAGCUUGAGUAUGUGCGGAUAAAAUCAAGGGACUAA